UGGCUUAUUCUCAGUUCGACCCAGUUUGAAAGUGAACCAACGGCUCCAGUCGCAUCUUCAGCCCCAAAACAACAACCCGAACCGAUACCCAGAAAGCCCAGAGAUCCGGUCCUGGUUCCGGGCCUCCUACCGCCGCCAUCAUGAUGCGUAAAGAUGUCAACAAGCCGAAGGGGAAGACGUCGGCCUACGCCUUCUUUGUCCAGACGUGUCGAGAGGAACACCGCAAGAAAAACCCCGAGCAGUCGGUCAACUUUGCCGAGUUCUCCAAGAAAUGCUCCGAGAGGUGGAAGGCGUUGUCCCCCGGAGAGAAGAAGCGUUUUGAGGACAUGGCGAAGGCCGACAAGGUUCGCUACAACCGGGAGAUGAGGGACUACGUUCCGCCCAAAGGCUUCGGCAAGAGAGGCCGCAAGAGGAAAGACCCCAACGCCCCCAAGAGGCCGCCGUCGGCGUUCUUCGUGUUCUGCAGCGAGUACCGGCCCAGCGUGAAGCAGCAGUACCCGGGUCUGUCCAUCGGCGACUGCGCCAAGAAGCUGGGAGAGAUGUGGAGCAAACUGAGCCAGUCUGAGAAGCAGCCGUACGAGGAGAAGGCCCAGAAACUGAGGGAGAAGUACGACCGGGACAUGGUGGCGUACCGCGGCGGGGGAACCUUCGCCAGGAACCCGGACUCUUCAGCUCAGGGCGGCGAGGAAGAGGAGGAUGAGGAGGGCGAGGAAGACGAUGAAGACGAGGAAGACGACGAGUAGAGAGUGAGGAGAACGGGGUGUGUUUCAGAGACCGGACCGGUACCAUACGGGUCAGAGACCGGUCCAAUCAGACAGAUGGGUUCUGGUGACAGAACACUGUCACCAGAACCGGUCAGGUCCAAUCAGACCGGUACAGACUGGUUCUGAUGGAGGACAGCCUGAUCGGGUCCAGAACCUCUGUUCUGUUCCUGACCCGUUGGUCUGACAGGUUCUGGUUCUGAGCCAGCUGGGUUUAUCCCUCAGGUGUUGAUGAUCCAGAACCAGAAUGAUCUGGUUCUGGUUCUCUGACCCGUCUCAGAUCCAAAUGUCCAGCAGUACCAUUUCUCCUCCAGCAGGCGGCGCCUUGCGUCAUCAGAACCGGGUCAGUGACUGAGCCCUGUGGUUCUGGUAUGGGUGUUACCAUGGUAACUGACCAGUCCAACAUGUUUCUGCUUCACCAGAACCGGUCCAGAACCGGGUCGCUGUAAACCAGGAACCAGAUCCAAACGGUUGAUCAACUGGGUUAGAACCUCUGGCGCCGACCCGGUUCCAUAAAGGACAUCUGGGUCGGGUCAGAACCGGGUCAGGAUGAGCAGGUCGUUCCUGACCAGCUGACCCAGUUACCAUGGUAACCUGUUGUAACCAUGGUAACCAGUGGCUCCUCCCAGCUUCCCUCUGUAACUCUGAGGUCAUCAGGUCAGUGUGACCUCUGACCCCCAGCAGAACCACAGCCUGGUCCGAGUCAUGAACUCGGGUCUGGUUCCUGAUAGAGACACGGAGCGGCGCAGAGUUCUGACCCGGGUCAGAACCCAGGUCAGAACCUGGGUCCAGUUAGGUUCAUGUGGUAAAGGUUCUGGACCUGCAUAGCUUCAUUAAGCCCAGAGGAUCCAGAGCUGCAGCUGCUCUGGGCUGCCAGGCUCCGGCGCCCCCUGUUGGGCCCCCGACUCUCCCUGCCUGGAGGUCAGGGCCAACAGGAGGUGAAGCGUUUGGCCCAAGGACACAACCACAGACAGGAUGGGAAUUGAACCAGGAACCUCCCGAUUAUAAGACAAAACUCUGAACCAGGCAUCACGGAGUUCUGACCCGGUUCCAUCCGACCCGCUGAGUUUAAACCUUCUGACUCGUCUGACUCUGAAACACACACCUGGUCCUCAGUGUUAAUGUGUGUGUGAGAACAGUGUGUGUGUGUGUGUGUGUGUGUGUGUGUGUGUGUUAAACUGUCCAACAGUAGCCCCGCCCCCGUCACUGUUACCAUGGUUACCCCCCACCCCUUGUGUUUUUUCUGUCAGUAGAAACUGCAGCUUUUAUAAUAAAACUAUGAACUGCU